AUGGUACACGGUAGGGAGUUUGAGGUGGACUUAAUUUGUUUACCUCUUUCUCAAUUGGAUGUAAUUUUGGAAAUGGAUUGGCUUGCUGCCAACCAUGUGCUGCUGGACUGUAGGGAGAAGACUUUGAUCUUCGGGGCGACAAUGGCAAAGGUUCCAAGGCUUAUGAGUCAAGGUGCAUGGGGGAACAUAGUGAACGCCAAGGCCUUUUCGAUCAUGUUUUCAGUGGAGGCCAAAAGUGUGGUGGAGCCGAAAUAUAUUCCGGUGGUGACGGAUUUCUUGGAGGUGUUUCCUGAAGAUGUCUCCAAACUGCCACCUGAGAGGGAGAUAGAGUUUGCUAUCGACCUCAUUCUGGGAGCAAGCCCAAUUUCUGUAGUGCCUUACAGGAUGUCACCAGUGGAGUUGGCAGCGGUCAAAAAGCAAGUAAAAGACUUAUUGCAGAAACGGUUCGUGAGACUAAGUGUGUCACCGUGGGGAGAACCAGUGCUCUUGAUCCAGUUUCUGGGACAUGUAGUGUCAAAGGAAAGAAUCAUGGUAGACCCUGCAAAAGUGAAAGCAGUAGCUGAGUGGCCGAGGUCGAUGAAUGUGACAGAGGUGCGCAGUUUCCUCGAUUGGCAGGCUAUUAUAGGAAAUUCAUUGAGGGAUUUUCUAAGAUAG